AUGAGUAUGCUGUUUGCGGCUAGGGUCAGUCAAACCAUGCUGCCGUGCCCUAUUUCUCCAACCAGCGGUUACAUCACGGUGAAGCUGGAACCGUUUUCCCCACCCCUCCCUAUUAUUCUUAUUCUUUUGAGGAUUCUUCGUUGUCAAGCCGCCAAAGUGGAGAGUGUGAUUGCAGAAGGGGGUGCUUCUCGUUUCAGUGCUUCUUCGGGGGGAGGAGGUGGUAGGGGUGCACCUCAGCACUAUCCCAAGACUGUCGGCAACAGCGAGUUCCUGGGGAAAACCCCAGGGCAAAGCGUUCAGAGAUGGGUUCCUUCACGAAGCACUAGACGAGAUGUCAACUCCAGCAACGAAAAAGAGCGACACGAUGCAAUCUUCAGGAAAGUGAGGGGCAUACUCAACAAGCUCACGCCUGAGAAGUUUGACAAGCUAUGCCUUGAGCUCCUGAACGUGGGCGUAGAUUCAAAACUCGUCCUUAAAGGAAUCAUCUUGCUGAUUGUAGACAAAGCCCUAGAAGAGCCGAAAUAUAGCUCGCUCUAUGCUCAGCUAUGUCUGCGCUUGGCAGAGGACGCACCAAACUUUGAUGGCCCUUCACCGGAGAUCCAAACAGCCCAAAAGCAGAGCACAACUUUCAGAAGACUGCUGAUUUCCAAGCUUCAAGAUGAAUUUGAAAACCGCACCAGAAAUGUUGAAAUCUAUGACAAACAUGACAACCCUCUUACUUCUGAAGAGGAGGAGCAGCGUGCUAUUGCCAAGAUCAAGAUGCUUGGCAACAUUAAAUUCAUCGGGGAACUUGGCAAACUUGACCUCAUCCAUGAAUCUAUCCUUCAUAAGUGCAUCAAAACACUUCUGGAAAAGAAGAAGAGGGUCCAGCUCAAGGAUAUGGGGGAAGAUCUGGAGUGCCUCUGUCAGAUAAUGAGAACAGUGGGGCCGAGACUCGACCAUGAGAAAGCCAAGUCUUUAAUGGAUCAGUACUUUGGCCGUAUGCGAUCCUUAAUGAACAACAAGGAGUUGCCUGCAAGGAUCCGCUUCCUACUGCAGGACACUGUGGAGCUGCGUGAAAACAACUGGGUCCCCCGCAAGGCUUUCAUCGACAAUGGACCAAAGACCAUCAACCAGAUACGUCAGGAUGCAGUGAAAGAUUUGGGUGUUUUCAUUCCAGCGCCCAUGUCUCAGGGGAUGAGGAUGGACUUCUUUUUGGAAGGCCCCUUCAUGCCCAACCGAUUGAAACUGGACAGGGAGGCUCUUGGGGGAUUGGCUGAUAUGUUUGGACAGAUGCCAGGCAGUGGGAUUGGGACAGGCCCGGGGGUCAUUCAGGACAGGUAUUCUCCCACCAUGGGACGUCAUCGUACCAACCCGCUCUUCAAUGGCCACGGAGGCCACAUCGCCCCACCACCGCAGUCGCAGUUUGACUUGGGGGCCAAGUCUUUUGUCAAGUCCAACCAGGUUCAGAACCAGCAUUUCCUCAACCAGAACCAGAACCAUAUGACCCAGCAGCAGGUCCAGUCCAAGGACAUGCCUCCACGAUUCAGCAAGAAAGGACAACUCAAUGCAGAUGAGAUCAGUCUCAGGCCAGCCCAGUCAUUUCUCCUCAAUAAGAACCAGGUGCCCAAGCUCCAGCCCCAGAUUCCCACCAUGAUCCCUCCCAGUGCUCAGCCCCCACGUACCCAAACCCCCCCACUGGGACAGCCUCCACAGCUUGGCCUGAAGACCAACCCCCCACCCAUCCAGGAAAAACCUCAGAAAACAAACAAGAAACCACCACCAUCCAAGGAGGAGCUUCUCAAGAUGACGGAGGGAAUCAUGACGGAGUACCUGAACAGCAAGACCCUGACUGAGGCUGUGAGUGGUGUGCGAGAGAUGAAGGCUCCCAAGCACUUCCUGCCAGAGAUGCUGAGUAAGAUCGUUGUUUGUUCCCUGGACCGGCCUGAUGGGGACAAGGAGCACGCCAGCACCCUCAUCCACACGCUCCGAGCUGAAGGUCUUAUCACCGCAGAGAACUUCAUGCAGGCCUUCCUCAAUGUGCUGGACCAAUGCCCCAAGAUUGAGGUGGAUGUCCCCUUGGUGAAGUCUUACCUUGCCCAGUUUGCAGCCCGUGCAGUCAUUGCUGAGCUGGUGAGCGUGGCAGAGCUUGCCCACCCAUUGGAGAAUGGUACCCACUUUCCCCUAUUCCUGCUCUGCCUGCAGCAAACGGCCAAGCUGAAGGACCGCGAGUGGCUCACAGAUCUCUUUCAGCAGAGCAAAGUCAACAUGCAGAAAAUGCUUCCUGAAAUCGACCAGAACAAGGAUCGCAUGUUGGAGAUCCUGGAGGGGAAGGGCCUGAGCUUCCUGUUCCCCCUGCUGAAGCUGGAGAAGGAGCUGCUGAAACAGAUCAAAGCAGACCCCUCUCCUCAGUCCAUCUAUAAGUGGAUCAAAGACAACAUCUCCCCCAAGCUUCACACUGACAAAGGCUUCGUGAACAUCCUCAUGACCAGCUUCCUCCAGUACAUCUCCCAGGAGCUGUGUAUUGCUGAGGGGGACGAACAGCUGGCAGCCCCCUCCAAAGAACAACUGGAGCAGGAGAAGCAGCUGCUGCUGGCCUUUAAGCCUGUCAUGCAAAAGUUCCUGCACGACCACACCCAGCUGCAGGUCAGCGCUCUCUAUGCCCUGCAGGUGCACUGCAACGCCAGUGGUUUCCCCAAAGGCAUGCUGCUGCGUUACUUUGUCAACUUUUACGACAUGGAGAUCAUUGAAGAAGAAGCCUUCCUUGCAUGGAAAGAAGACAUUACCCAAGAAUUCCCUGGAAAAGGAAAAGCUUUAUUCCAGGUAAACCAGUGGCUAACCUGGCUUGAGACCGCAGAGGAGGAGGAGUCUGAGGAUGAGGCAGAUUGAGAAGCCAAUCAGAAACAGGCAUUGUAGAGUAGAAGAUUCAUCUUGUCUACAUAUUUUUACAGUCGCCUUUCCCCCAUUAAACUCCACUCUAUCUAACCACUACCAUGUGGCACUCAGCUGCUUAUGUUGUGCAAAUAUUAAAAGUAUGUACUUAACAAGGCGUAGUGUUUACCAUCCAUACCUAUGCCUUCUAUAUAAUAGGCUGAGAAGCAGCAUUUUAAUCUAUUGCUUAAUGGAUAAUUGAAUUGGGUCAUUGUCCUAAUUUGGCUAUAUGAAUUCUGAAGCCUGGACCGGCUCAACCGUUUUUUUUUGUUUUUUUUUUCUCGCUGACUGUAAUUGUUUUUUUGUUUUUGUUUUUUUCUUUUGUAUUGCAUGUGUUGCAAUCCUACUCUCUAAUUUGUUACAGAUUUGACUUCACUAAUAAGAAACAAUGCCUUUAAUGAAAAAUGUGUGUAGGAUUUGAACAUUGAUAAAUCACUGUCAAAUAAAUUCUUUUAGGUGGGAGGGGGGAGAAGCAUUAUGAAGCAUUACCCCACUGAUCUCUGCUCUCUUCUCGGGUGUGUUUUAGGCUGCAACCAUGGAAUGAAUACCUUAGACCCCUUACACCAGACUCGCUGGUGAUGUUUCAAAGCAGUCAAACACGAAUUGAAAUCCCAAGCGAAACCUAAUGCAGAUGUGUCCUUUGACAAGUUGGGACAAAUUUAGUGAAAAAUCCUAUAAAGUGUUUGACAUCCCGAUAAAACCAUUUGGAUUCUGAAAAACUGAAAUAAGGUUAGCUUGGGUGGGAUACAAGCAUAAUAUGGUAAAACAUUUUAUAAUGAAUUCAGGUGCAUUUAUUUGGUCAACCCGUGCUUUACUAAAGCCUUUUCAUUUCCUAAUAUCUUGUAAGCAAAAGUUGUCUUCAUAAUAACUGAUACAAAUGAAGAGAAGCUUCCAUAACUUUUUACACCCUCAACUCUCCCAAGUUAAUCAUGGCAGAGAUUCUCCCUUAUUAAAAAAAAAAAAUGCGAGUAGUUGCAAUAUUUACAUCUGCAAAUGUUACAAUAUCUUAGAAACUGUAAUAAUUGGUGUGCCGCUGUAAUGUUUCAAAGUUGCCUGUGUUUCUACCUCUUAGUUAGAUGGGCUUUUUUUUUUUUUUUUUUUUUUUGCUGGGAUAACAGAAUCUAACGAAAAUCUAUAGCCCAGACACAUGCAAAGUAUUUGAUUCAGUCCUGGCCUAAUUGCACAAUAAAUUGAUUGAAGCCGACUUUCCUGUGAAGCUUCAUGUGGUUUACAAGUGUUGAUUUUUAAAAACUAAAAACAAUGGCAUGUUUUGGACUGCUCUGAAGAUGUCUUGCCCGUAACUUUUGAGUGACAGUUUGAAUGUGGGCUGUUUAUUUUGAAUGCUCCACUAAAACAAUUUUAUCUAAAAUUGGCAAAAGCAAACGUUUACGGAGAUGUAUUGGACCACCCCAUCAUCGAAACAAAAAUGCUUUUCAACAGCUUGAUAAAGAAUUACAAAAAAUCAUAUUAACUUUGCCCAAGAAUUAUUUAGCCUAGUGUGCUCACAAGCCAUGUUUAUGUAUAAGGCAAUGAUUUUGGAUCACGUUUUAAGGUAGACAAAUAUUGUGCACGUCUAUUGCUUUAAUGUCAAUAAAGUCCAGUACAUGAGCACUGAAA